GGCUCGGGGGCCGUACGGGGCGGGAGCCGCGGGAGCUGGCGCCGGGAUCCGCACCCUAAGGACUCCAGCCGCGGGGUCCACGUGGACCCUGGGCCGCGGCGGGACUGGAGCCAGUCCCCCGCGCGUGGGGGAGGGGGUGCUGCAACCCGGUUCCCCUUUUUCUGCAGCUCAGAGCCUGGGGAAGUGAUUGCUCAAAGGGGGGGGCCGGAAGAACCCCCGUUUCCGCGUCUCCCGCUCCCCCCAGCCUGGUGGGGAGGGGCCGAGGCGGGACACCCUGUCCGCCCCCACCCCCAUCCCCUUGGAUCUGGCAGCCACUCACCCUGCAAGGCGCAGGGGAGGCGCUGCGCCCCCGACCCCAGCUGAUCGGGGGCUCCCGGCGCCGGCCUCCCUCCAGAACGCCGCAGGAGUACCUCCUGCCGUCUGAGUCGAGUCCCUGCUGCUGCAGUGCACGCCCCUUCGGCAGCCAGGGUGGGGCCCAGAGGGAACCUGGCACAUCCCGCCCCCACCUCGCCUUUGGGUCGAUGCACGUAGGGCCGCAGGAGGCAGACCAGCCCCCCUCGAUGUCCAGUCAUGACGCAGCCCCCCCGGCUGCCCCCAGCCGCAACCCCUGCUGCUUGUGCUGGUGCUGCUGUUGUGGCUGUUCCUGGGCUGAAGAGCGGCGGCGAGCGUGGCGGGUCUCCCGAGAGAACAAGCUGCAGCCUCUCCCCGGUUGCGAGGCAUGCGCCACGCCGAGCCCCGAGGAGGUGCGGAGCUGGGCGCAGUCGUUCGACAAGCUGAUGCACAGCCCGGCGGGCCGGAGCGUGUUCCGGGAGUUUCUGCGCACGGAGUACAGCGAGGAGAACAUGCUCUUCUGGCUGGCCUGUGAGGAGCUCAAGGCAGAGGCCAACCAGCACGUGGUGGACGAGAAGGCCAGGCUCAUCUAUGAGGACUACGUGUCCAUUCUGUCCCCCAAAGAGGUGAGCCUGGACUCGCGCGUGCGGGAAGGCAUCAACAAGAAGAUGCAGGAGCCGUCCGCACACACGUUCGAUGACGCCCAGCUGCAGAUCUACACGCUCAUGCACCGGGACUCCUACCCCCGCUUCCUCAGCUCCCCCACCUACCGUGCCCUGCUGCUCCGGGGGAGCUCCCAGUCCUCCAGCGAGGCCUAGGCUGCUCACCCGCCCGUGGCGGCACAGACUCGGGACCCAUCCAGCAGGAAAGGACUCGGUUACCUGCACAAACCUGUGUCAGCAGGUAUCCGGCACGCCCACGGGGGCCCAGCACCCCUGGGGGCAGUCCCAGACUGGAGCCCCCUCUCUACACUAGGGCCAUGGUACCCUGUGGUCCUGCUGCGAGGCAGGUGUGAGGGCCUCUGGGAUCUAGCAGCCCCUCCCGAACCGGCUCCCUGUUGGCUGGCCCAGGGCUCCUGCUGGGGCUUCUGCUGGGGGAGACCGACCCUCCCAGGAGUGCUCACGGACCCAGCGGCUUCAUGGGGGGCCUCCUCCCCGGCAGCCGGGGACCUUGAAAAAUGCCUCUGAUGGGAAGCAGAGCCUCUGUGACGUCUAGUUGUGACAUGAGGAGACCCUCUGACUCAAGCUGUCUGCGCCCAGAUCAGACCCAGAACCUCAGAACUAGGCUCAAGGCAACAAGAGCCAGUUUCUUUUUUAUAUUUUCAUUAAGUUUAAACCUGGAAACAUGUCUUUACUGUAUUUUAUCAAAAAAAGAAAAAGAUGUUUUCAUAUUUA